GCCUUGGCCAUGCCGUCUCUUCGGCACCCCCACCUCCUUGCCCUGCUCCAGCUUGUAGGUCUUGCGUAUUUGAGCGACGGGGCGUACUAUGGACACAAGCAGCACCCUCAAGCGUACCAGCAGCAGAUGCAGAUGCAGCACCUCCAGCACAUGGGCAUGGGCAUGGGCAACGAAGGCUACCCUCAACAGCAGUACCAUGGCAAAGAGGGACCCUACAUGCAGUAUCCACAGUACAGGAAGGAACACCCCCAGAUGCCCAUGCUUAAGGGCAAUGAAAAGGCUCGCAAAGGGGGUGGCUAUAAUGGUGGGCAAGAGAAAGGUCAGACAAUCCCAAGUGGUGCUGAGGGAAUACCCCAAGGAGAGCCAGGUCCGGUUGGGCCCCCCGGACCAGAAGGACCUCCUGGUCCUGCUGGGCCUCAAGGAAACGGGCAACCAGGACCCGCAGGACUGCCAGGACCCCCCGGCCUUCUAGGAAAGCCUGGAAUAGGUAAACCAGGGUUGCCAGGAUCACAAGGGAGACCAGGAGGAGUCGGUGAGAUUGGGCCACAUGGAGAAAUGGGCCCGAGGGGUGAACCUGGGCCAUCUGGACAACCAGGACGUCAGGGUUUACCGGGACCACCUGGGCUACCUGGAAUAGGUAAAGCGGGAGGACAAGGAUUGCCAGGGCAACUGGGUCCCAAAGGAGAGCCGGGUCAUAAAGGACUGCCAGGCCUUCCAGGAUUACAAGGACCCAAAGGCGAUAAAGGAAUGGGACAGCCAGGACAACCGGGUCACAAGGGUCUGCCAGGACCCCAAGGCCCUGCUGGACCAAGAGGGCUACCUGGUUUUGGAAAACCAGGUUUGAAUGGGAUGCCAGGCCCACAAGGACCUCUCGGAGAGAAAGGACAUCCAGGACUAAAGGGACAUCCUGGGCUACCAGGUGAAGGAGGACCCCCUGGGCCGCCAGGUCUUCCUGGCCAAGGAAAACUAGGUCAAAAUGGUCUUCCAGGACAACCAGGCAUGCUGGGUCCGAAAGGUCAUCCAGGACAACCUGGUUUGCCAGGAAAGCCAGGACUACCUGGCUUUGGUAAACCUGGCCUCCAAGGACCAAAGGGUGAUAAAGGUAUGAAUGGGCCACCUGGAAUGCUUGGACAAAAAGGAGAUAAAGGCCAUCCAGGAUUACCUGGUAUGACUGGACCCCCUGGACUAAAUGGACAACCAGGCCCUCAAGGACCUAAGGGACCAGCAGGAGGUGUAGGCUUACCAGGUCCAAAAGGAGAAUGUGGAGAAGGAGGUCCCAAAGGGCUUGAUGGAAGCCAGGGUAAUGCUGGUACUCCUGGAUUACCUGGAACCGAUGGUUUGCCUGGGGAACGAGGCGAGCCAGGGCCAAGAGGUGCACCAGGACCAAUGGGUGGCAAAGGAGACAACGGUCAUAAAGGCCUACCCGGUAUGCCAGGACCUGCUGGAGUUCCUGGUCCCAAAGGACAUGGUGGAUUACCCGGUGAAAUGGGACCUCAAGGUCCUAAGGGAAUCCCUGGUAUUGAUGGUGUAGCAGGUCCAAUUGGGCCACCUGGUCUUCCAGGGCCAAAAGGAGAUGUAGGUUUUCCUGGACCACCUGGCAUUGCAGGUGAAGGCUUUCCAGGUGUUCCUGGUCCGACUGGACCUAAGGGGAAAGACGGCUCAUCAGGGCCCCAAGGACAGAGCGGGCCACCUGGCCCUCCUGGACCCCCAGGCGCACCAGGAGAGCCUGGUGCGACUCCUGACCUGUCAGGCGUGCUCUCUCAGAUGGGUCCUGGACUGGACGGUGCUAAGGCUGGUGGCUACGGCAAAAAGGGCAAAUACGCAGGAAAUGGUGCAGAAGUCAUGGGAGCCAGCGGGCUGGAAAUGCCAGCGUUCACCGCUAUAGCAACCACUCCUUUCCCCCCUGUGAACACCCCUGUGGUCUUUGAGAAGCCUUUGUACAACGGUCGACAGAACUACGACCCCCAAACAGGAAUUUUCACUUGUGAAGUGCCUGGCAUUUAUUACUUUGCCUACCACGUGCAUUGCAAAGGAGCCAACGUGUGGGUGGCCUUGAUGAGGAACAAUGAGGCCGUCAUGUAUACCUAUGACGAGUACAAAAAGGGCUACCUGGACCAAGCGUCAGGAAGUGCAGUUCUACCUUUGCAAGCAGGGGACACUGUGUACAUUCAGCUGCCCUCAGACCAGGCUGCAGGACUUUAUGCUGGGGAGUACGUGCACUCGUCCUUUUCUGGCUAUCUGCUGUAUCCCCUGUAGGAGAGGACAUUUUCUUCAAAUGUUUGUCUUUGUUGUGUGACCUGAAUAUGACCA